GCUGCUGGAAAGAGGGAGGGAGGAAAGGGGACGGCUGGACUCCAUUAAGCCGAAGCCUGCGGGAAAACUGUUUGGGAUACUUCACUUCUUAAGCGACUUCUUCGGGGAUUUAUUUCUUUUUUUAAUUCCCUAAACAGACUUUCUACAUGAUUUAAGGACGGAGGACUUAUUCUGUACCGUGUAGCCGACUGCUUUAGUAUUUUUCGUCUUUGUGAAGGAUGGCGCUGGAUGGGAUCCGGAUGCCCGAUGGCUGCUAUGCCGACGGGACGUGGGAGCUGAAGAUGCAUGUCACCGACCUCCACAGGGACGUGUCGCUGAGGGUCACCGGGGAAGUCCACAUUGGUGGAGUCAUGCUCAAACUGGUCGAGAAGCUAGAUGUUAAGAAGGACUGGUCAGACCAUGCUCUGUGGUGGGAGAAGAAGAAGACAUGGCUGUUAAAAACCCACUGGACGUUGGACAAGUAUGGCAUCCAAGCUGACGCCAGGCUGCUUUUUACGCCGCAACACAAACUGCUGCGCCUCCAGCUGCCCAACAUGAAGCACAUGAAAGUCAAGGUCAACUUUUCGGACCGCGUCUUCAAGGCUGUGUCGGACAUCUGCAAAACUUUCAAUAUCCGCCACCCAGAGGAGUUAUCUCUACUGCGCAAGCCCCGUGAUCCCAAAAAGAAGAAGAAAAAGUUGGAAGAGGCGGAAGAGGAUGAUUUGGAACUGGAGGGUCCACUGUUAACACCUGGAUCAGGGAGCAUUUACUCUAGUCCAGGAUUAUACAGUAAGACUAUGACCCCCACCUACGACUCCAGGGAUGGCAGCCCUUUGUCGCCCACUUCCGCCUGGUUUGGAGACAGCCCCCUGUCAGAGGGCAAUCCCAGCAUCCUUGCUGUGAGCCAGCCAAUCUCCUCACCAGACAUUCUGGUCAAACUCUACAAGCCCCAGUCCUUGCUGGACAAAGCUAAAAUCAAUCAGGGGUGGUUGGACUCAUCCAGGUCUCUCAUGGAGCAGGAUGUAAAGGAGAAUGAGGUGCUGUUGCUGAGGUUUAAAUACCACAGUUUCUUUGACCUCAAUCCAAAGUAUGAUGCCAUUCGCGUGAACCAGCUCUACGAACAGGCCAAGUGGGCCAUUCUGCUGGAGGAAAUUGAGUGCACGGAGGAGGAAAUGAUGAUGUUUGCGGCCCUCCAGUACCACAUCAACAAGCUGUCAAUCAUGUCUUCAGACAACCACAUGAAUAACAGUGAGAAGGAGGUAGAUGAGGUGGAUGCAGCCCUGUCAGACCUGGAGAUUACCUUGGAGGGAGGGAAGACUUCCAACACACUGGGUGACAUCACAUCUAUUCCUGAGCUAGCAGACUAUGUCAAAGUCUUCAAACCCAAGAAACUGACAUUGAAGGGCUACAAGCAGUACUGGUGCACAUUCAAGGAUAUCACAAUUUCCUGUUACAAGAGUAAAGAGGAGGCACACGGGACACCUUCCCAUCAAAUGAAUCUUAGAGGUUGUGAGGUAACACCAGAUGUUAACAUCUCCGGUCAGAAAUUCAACAUCAAGUUGCUAAUCCCUGUGGCUGAUGGCAUGAAUGAGAUCUGGCUUCGGUGUGACACGGAGAAACAAUACGCCCACUGGAUGGCUGCAUGUCGCUUGGCUUCUAAGGGGAAGCCCAUGGCCGACAGCUCGUACAACCUGGAGGUCCAGAACAUUCUGUCCUUCCUCAAGAUGCAGCACAUGAACCCUGACCCACAGUUUAUUGAACCAAUCACCACUGAUAUCAACCCAGAAUGCUUGGUGUCUCCACGCUACCUGAAGAAGUACAAGAACAAACAGCCAGGCUAUAUCAGGGACUUGAUUUCAGCCCGGAUUCUUGAAGCCCACCAGAAUGUGGCCCAGAUGAGCCUCAUUGAGGCCAAGAUGCGCUUUAUCCAGGCGUGGCAGUCCCUUCCUGAGUUUGGGAUCACUCAUUUCCUUGCAAAGUUCCAGGGUGGAAAACGGGAGGAGUUGAUCGGCAUCACCUAUAAUCGUUUGAUCCGGAUGGAUGCCAGCACUGGAGAUGCCAUCAAGACAUGGCGCUUCAGCAACAUGAAACAGUGGAAUGUCAACUGGGAGAUCAAGAUGGUGACCGUGGAAUUUGCAGACGAGCCCAGUCUGUCUUUCAUCUGUGCUGAGGUGGACUGUAAGGUGGUCCAUGAGUUCAUUGGAGGCUACAUUUUCCUGUCCACACGCGCCAAGGACCAGAAUGAGUCUCUAGAUGAGGAAAUGUUCUAUAAGCUGACGAGCGGCUGGGUUUGAGCUGUGCCUGGCUGCCAGGGUUCAAUGAUUGUAGGUCAGGGGCCAGGAGGGGAGUGGCUGGGGGUCAGAGGUGAAAACUCAUUGUAUGAAUUUAUUUUACUUUACUAUUUUUCAGUCUUUUUAAUUGUUUUGUGCUGCGCUGAAAAGUCCAGAGUAGCAUGACUAUUGCCAUGGCUGACACCGUUUUUGCUGUUAUAGUUUUUUUUGUAGUAGUAAUGCUGACACGGCGAUUUGUUGCAACACUAAUAUUGAGGUGGAUGCAGUCCAGAUGAACUCUGGUGGUUGAGCAGAAACCUUAGUUUGUCUGUUGUCCUACAACCACCUGUCUCCUCUCCUCCUGGACUGGCCAUCAACUUACGUCCAUGACAACCCUUUAAAACCAAUCAAACGUCAGAAUGAAUCCCAAAGAAUCUUUUUUUUUUUUUUCCCCUUUGUAUUCUUUCCUAUUCACUUUCCUUUUUCUCUCUCUUUUGGAACUGGAUUUAAGAUGCUGGCAUAAAAAGGUAGAUACAAUGUAAUUGUAGUGCCACAGGUACCUACAGUUACUCAUCCUAAAAGAUGGUCAUCAAAAGAGUAUGUGUAACAGCAGAGGCCAAUCUCCGCAUGUCCAUCGUAUCCUCUCCAUGAAAAGUUUAAUCUCUUUAAAGUCACUUGUGAGCACUUGUGCAGUAUACAGUCCUGUUCAUGAAUAAGCUGUCCUGAACUUUGCUUUCUUGUUUCUGAUGCCUGUCUUUGCCUCACAACUUGUGUCCUCCUUGUUGGGUCGCUCUGUUGAUAAUGUAUUAGCUGACAAGUGUGACAUUGUGAAAUGUGCUUUGUAUUUAAUAGACUGCUAAAAAUGAGAAUACACUACAGUUCAGUGCGACAGCAUGAGUGUCAGAUGGGUUUGAAAAAUGUGGUUUCUGACUGAUGUAAAUGUCCCCGCUGCAAAAAUGUUCAUUCGGUGUAGCGUUCACUAGAACCAUCUAGUAUUUUUUUUUUAAACUGCGUUGUAAAAAUGUUCAGUUAGGAUGUUUAGCUAAGGUUAUUAACAUGCCUUAAAAAAAACAUACAUUUUCUAAACUGUAAGCUGUCGUCUGUUGAGACAGAGCUGUUUCAUUUUAAGUGCACAAAUUUUGUGUCAGAGAGCACGUGUCUGUUUAUGGCUCUUUUUCUGACCACAGUUUUAAGUUGGCAAGUAUAAACUUCUAAAGUCAUCCACAGACCUGAAACCACUGAUGUCUCAUAGCAUAGUGGGUGUACACUACAUAACAGGAGGGACACUAUCACAUUUCCCUUGUACUGGCUUUUAACUCUAUUUUGUUUGUCACACCAUAUAGUAUUAUUAUUAUUAUUAUUGUUGUUAUUAUUAUCAUUAUUAUCAGUACACACCAGCAAAAGGUCACAGAGUUUAAAAAAUAAAUAUGCAAACUUUUGUUCUGUCCUCAGUAUGAAGGAUCAGUAAAUGAAGUAUUGUUAUUUGUAACUAAUGUAAAAACGUUUUUAUAGAACUGUACAGUUGUUGUGGUUGUUUUGUUUUUUGUUUGUUUUUUCUGCAUUUGGGGUUUUGCAGUUUUUUCCUUUCAGAAAAAAAGGGGGUAAGCCAUCUGUCAACAUGUGUAGUGUCCAGAAGUGUCUACUUAUGUUGCGGUCUUACUGAGUUACAGAUGAAGAUAUACGUGAAUAUAUAUGAAGACAACAUUUGUUUCAAACUCCAGGCUUGGUGAAGAAGUUCUGUUAAGUAUAGAUUUUUUUUUUCUAAAAUGCAGAUUCUUUUUUUUUUUUCAUUUUUGCUUAGUUUUAUUGAUGUUCUGUUUCCUCUCUACCUUUCCAUUUGUAACCUUAAGAGUCAUUUUUAGCUUCUUUUAAAAAAAGAAAAAAAACUGACAUUGUCAUCGGUGUGCUUUUUUUUUUUUU